AAAUACUUCACACCAUUUACUUGCUGAGAAGAAGACGGUGGAAGAUGUCGAGCGGAGGAUACGGAGACCCGUCGCAGAAGAUUGACUACGUCUUCAAGCUAGUCCUGAUCGGAGACUCCGGAGUCGGAAAAUCGCAGAUACUCUCCCGUUACGCGAGGAACGAGUUCAGCUUGGACUCCAAAGCCACCAUCGGCGUCGAGUUCCAAACUCGAACGCUCGUGAUGGACCACAAGAGCGUCAAGGCUCAGAUCUGGGACACCGCCGGCCAAGAACGGUAUAGAGCGGUGACGAGCGCGUAUUACAGAGGAGCGGUUGGUGCGAUGCUUGUUUACGACGUGACGCGGCGUCAGACGUUCGAUCACAUCCCAAGGUGGUUAGAGGAGCUGAGAGGCCACGCGGACAAGAACAUUGUGAUAAUACUGGUCGGGAACAAGUCUGAUCUCGAGGAUCAGCGUGCGAUCUCGACGGAAGAUGCUAAAGAGUUCGCGGAGGCGGAGGGUCUUUUCUUCUUGGAGACUUCGGCUCUGAACGCGGUCAACGUGGAGACGGCUUUCUCGACUGUUUUGACUGAGAUUUUCAAUAUUGUGAACAAGAAGAACCUUGUUGCUGGUGGAGAAGGGAAUGGUGGUGAUUCUGCGUCGCUUGCUGGUAAGAAGAUUGAUAUUGUUCCUGGUCCUGCUCAGGUGAUUCCGACAAAGAGUGGCAUGUGCUGUAACUCGUAGAAACUGAUUGGAUGUUUCCUUUUGUAUCCUUACUUCUCAUGUAUCAGCAAUGGCCUUUUUGUUCGAGGUUUUUAUUACGAGUGUUUGAUUGAGUUUUCGAGCUCGGUUAUUAACGAUUUCAUGGAA